AUGCUCUGUUCCGGCCGCAUGCUGGCCUGCAACGGCCUCUUGCCCGGUCGGCUCCGGCUGCCGAGAGCCGACGCCUACCGCCUGCGCCCACCAGCGCUCGCGCGGAGGUGGCGCGUCGCGGCCUCCGCUGCGGCGUCCGGCGGCUCCUCUGACCUCCCAUCGUCGUCGUCUUCGCCGACUACCCCGCCGUUCGGGGUCGGGGACGACCAGGCCGCCGCAUCACCUGGGUAA